AUUCUAAUUCAAAUACACCAAACAAACAAGCAACACAAGUACACAACACAACACAACACAUCUCACUCUUCUUUUCUAAAUCAAAAACAAAAUAUGGCGCCAGAACUCAUGAACCGUCCCUUGAAUAGGGGUGCCUCCGGUCUGACGAAGGCCGGCAGCCUCCCCAGCCGCGCUUACGUCACUUUCCUUGCCGGCAACGGCGACUACGUGAAGGGCGUGGUGGGGCUGGCCAAGGGCCUCAGGAAGGUCGGCACCAUCUACCCUCUCGUGGUGGCUGUUCUCCCCGACGUCCCCGCUGAGCACCGCCGCAUACUGGUGGACCAAGGCUGCAUCGUCCGCGAGAUCGAGCCGGUGUACCCGCCCGAGAAUCAGACGCAGUUCGCCAUGGCCUACUACGUCAUCAACUACUCCAAACUCCGCAUUUGGGAGUUUGUGGAGUACAGCAAGAUGAUCUACUUGGACGGAGACAUCCAGGUGUUCGAGAACAUCGACCAUCUGUUCGACAUGGACAACGGCUAUUUCUACGCGGUGAUGGACUGCUUCUGCGAGAAGACGUGGAGCCACACGCCGCAGUUCCAGAUCGGCUACUGCCAACAGUGCCAGGACCGGGUGCAGUGGCCGGACUCCCUCGGCCCGAAGCCGCCAAAGUACUUCAACGCGGGAAUGUUCGUGUUCGAGCCGAGCCUGCCGACGUACCACGACCUGCUGCAGACGCUGAAGGUGACGGAGGCGACGCCAUUCGCGGAGCAGGACUUCCUCAACAUGUUCUUCCGCGACGUGUACCGCCCCAUCCCCAACAACUACAACCUGGUGCUGGCGAUGCUGUGGCGCCACCCGGAGAACGUCCGGCUGGAGGAGGUCAAGGUGGUGCACUACUGCGCCGCCGGGUCCAAGCCGUGGCGCUACACCGGCGAGGAGGAGAACAUGGACCGCGAAGACAUCAAGAUGGUGGUGGAUAAAUGGUGGGACAUUUACAACGACCAGAGCCUCGACUACAAGGGAGAGGUCGCUGCUGCUGCUGCUGCUGAGCAGUUGAUGCCGGUUCGCGGCGUGGUUCGCUAUGUUCCAGCCCCUUCCGCCGCCUAAGCAUGAAGCAUUGCUAUUUCUAUUUUGGUUUUUGGAGUCUGAAUUAUAGUUGGGCUUCAGAUAUUAGAGAGGCCCAACAGUGGAAGAUUACACUGUGUUUUCUUCCUUUUUAAGUAGUGUUAUUAUUUUUUUUUCUUUUAAUUCUGCCGGUGAUUGUGAGUGAUCGAGUAUGUCCCUAUCUCACCUUUGUUGUAAUUACUUCAAAAUAUAUAUAAUACUCCAUCCGUCUCGCACUA